GUCACAAAUUACCUUAUCUGACUGACAUUUGAAAUACACAUCUCUGAAAACAUUUUCAAUAAAAAUGGCGUUUUGGUCUUCCUGUAAGUUACUCCUUUUACUUUUCGCUGACGUUUGCGCUAACGCAGUUAGAGACCAGCAUAAAAUUAAAGAUUUUCUGAGAUUACAUCAACUGGAAAAAGAGCAACGCUUUGCUGAAACACCGGUAUACACUCAUUGUCCUAAUGGUUACGUACGCCAUGAUGACUCUUGCUACGUACUGGCACAUGCUACUGUCACCUGGCCAGACGCUUUGGUAUAUUGUGAGGCGUACGGUGGCCACCUUGCCUACAUAGAGUCAGAAAGGGAGCAGCACUUUCUCGAAGGGUUGUGAAGGCCUUUAAAU